CACACCAUGCACAGCUGCGUGAACAUAGGCUAUACCGAUAUGCUGGAGCGCAGACGUCUGUUGCAGUGACGUAGCUGGUGAUUGGCCGUUGAGCUCCAUUUAGCGGCAUUCGCGGUCGGGCACCUUGUCAGUGGAAAGCUGGCCUCAAGCAAACAAUCUCACCACGACACCCGUAGUGAGCGUUUCUGCUUGUGUUUGCACCGGUGAAAUGUCGCAAUGAUCAUUUCCACCAUAUCGCAAAUCCAGUCCCUUCAAACCGCAAGAUGAGGCCACCAAGACAGCGGCUUCUGCCGCUCAUCUUUGUCAUACUAUCGACAUUCCUUUCCUUCACCACAGCGCAACACGGCGGCAGCGAUGAUGCACGCGCGCAGCAGAAACCACUGGGCAGGAACUCGGCUCCUUCGGCAACAGCGCAUGGCACCACAGAAGAGGGGGACAGCUAUGGCAAGGGACAUGUUGCGUUCCAAGAGGCAACUUCUCUGCUCCACGAGGUGAAACCUGCGGCCACGCCCUGGUAUGAUUUCGACAAGAAUGCCGGGAUUGUAGGAGCGGGCGCAUACUAUGCAAAGGAGCUCUUCUUUCUACUUUUCAUGAACGGACCCGCCGAACCAGAAUCAUUCACGACCGAUCCGCAGCCCAAGAAGCUCAGUCAGCCUUUGUUGAAAGCUGUAAAGCUGCUGAAAGACGCCGCCGCGCAGAAGGACGCAGAUGCGAUCUUCACACUUGCCGAGAUGAACUUCUAUGGCAACUACUCGCAUCCACGUAAUUACUCCGAAGCUUUCCGCCGAUACCACGAACUCGCGACGCUCGAUGGAAACGCAUCAGCGCAGCACAUGGUCGGCUUCAUGUACGCCACUGGCAUCGGUGGCGCGGUGGCGCAAGAUCAGGCGAGGGCGAUGCUGUAUUACACUCUUGCAGCGGAGGGCGGCGAUGUGAGAUCAGAGAUGACCAUUGCGUACCGCCACUCUUCCGGGAUAGCGACACCGCGAAACUGCGACGAGGCGGUGCACUUCUACCGAGAAGUCGCCAAGAAAGCAAUCGCAUAUAUGCGGUCCGGACCACCUGGCGGACAUUCGAUGCAACGGGAGGGGUUCAGGAUCGCCGACGAUGAAGGCGGUGUCUACGGCGAGGGUGCAAGCGUGAGCAGCUCAGGAGCAAACGCCAAAACGGCCAGUGUACACUCGGAUGCCUAUUCCUCCCUGGAUGAUGUGGUGGAAUAUAUGGAUCUCCAAGCUAGGAAAGGCGAUGCGAGAGCAAGCUUCAACCUGGCCAAAAUAAACUACGACGGAGCCAAGACAUCGAAACGGGAUCUACCGGCCGCAAAGAAACGAUUCUUGGAGCUCGCUCGCAUGUAUUGGGAUAAGAACGGCAAGACAAAGCAGAACGUAUCUCCGCUCACCCAGAAAUUGGCGGCGAAGGCAGCUGGAUUCUUGGGCCGCAUGUUCCUUCGUGGAGAAGGCAUGCCUCAGAGCUUCGACAUCGCCAAAACUUGGUUCAGGCGUGGCAUUGAGCAUGGCGAUGCUCUGUCACAGUACUCAAUGGGUCUUAUGUACCUUAAAGGACUCGGUGUGCCGAAGAACCCCGUCAAAGCUGCCGAGUUGUUUGGCGCUGCUGCAGAUGACGAUCUGGCAGUGGCCCAGGUCCGGCUCGGUGCUCUCUUCCUUGAUCAGGGCGACAUUGCUACCGCGAUGAAGUACUUCGAAUUGGCAGCACGACACGGCCAUCUCGAGGCUUACUAUUACCUGGCCGAGCUCGCACAUGAGGGUGUAGGACGCGAGAAGUCAUGUCACGUUGCUUCCGCUUACUACAAGAUCGUGGCAGAAAAGGCCGAGGUUAUCUCGACAUCUUUCCCAGAGGCGAAUAAAGCUUACGCUAACGGAGAUCUCGAGACUGCGCUUGUCCGGUACAUGAUGGCUGCGGAGCAAGGAUUUGAAACUGGUCAAGCUAAUGUGGCAUACUUGCUCGAUCAAGUCAAGCCCAGGUUUACCCUUGGUUCGCUCAUCCCGUUCAUACAGAAGAAGACCAGCCUAGCCAGUGAUGCCGUACUUGCGUUGAUCUACUGGACACGCUCUGCCGAACAGAAAAAUGUCGACUCCAUGGUCAAGAUGGGCGACUACUAUCUCCAAGGUCUUGGCACUUCUCCCGACCACGAGAAGGCAGCAGCUUGCUAUCAAGCGGCGGCCGAAACACUACGCAGCGCACAAUCGAUGUGGAACUUGGGCUGGAUGCACGAGAAUGGCAUCGGCGUCGACCAGGACUUCCACCUUGCAAAGCGACACUAUGAUCUAGCGUUAGAAACCAACCCUCGCGAAGCCCAUCUGCCAGUCCUCCUGGCGCUGUACAAGCUGCGGUUCCGCAGCUGGUGGAACACUAUCACCAACGGCAAGAUCAAGUCCAUCCAGAACGAACCUACGGUCAAGAAAGACUUCUCGCUCUCCGAGUGGCUCAGCGCCUUCCUCGAAGCCGAGCUUGCCGGCUGGGACGACUACGAACCGGAUGACUACGACGACCACAUCGACGGCGGCGACGGUUACUACGCCGACGACGUCGACUCCGAUAUCCUCGAGUCGCUUGUCAUUCUGGCGCUCAGCGGCGCCCUGGCGUUCUUGCUGUACUACCGCGCGCAAAGGCAGAGAAGGCAGGAGGAAGAGCGGCAGCGGCAGCAGUUGCAGCAUCUGCAGGCAAACGGGUUGGCGCCUGCGGCUCCGGCGGCGCCUGAUGUGCCGGUCCAGCCGGAUCUGGGGCUUCAGCCAGACAACAUGUUUUGGGCUGGCGGUGGUGCGGGGCUCUGAGGGAGAGGGAGCGGGAGGGUUGCAUGACU